UAAUUUUUAUUAUUUCUGUGGUGUUUUAUAAUUUUUUAUAAUUUUUUGCUUCCCUCUUCUCUCCAUAAAAAGUGUGCAUCAAUCAGCCAGCGUCAAAUUAGUUGUGUGGUUUUUUGUGUUUUAAAAUAUUUUUUUGCGCUCCAUAGGAAUUUGUGUGAGUGUUUCAUCCAUUUUGUGUGUUUUUUUUUUUUGGUUUUUUAUCCAAAUGUGUUAUCUUUGAGUUAUUUUUUAAAUUUUUUGCUAAUUUCCCCUUAAAUUUUCCAUAUUUCUUUGUGUUUUUUUAUAAUUUUUUAAGUGUAUUUAUUAUAUUAAUUAAAUAGUGACACGCAAUAAAAUUGGAUAAUGUUAAUCUCUAUGGGCCGUAUUGGUUUAUUUAUUUGGUGACAUAAGAAUGUACCCUGGUGCCGGUAUGAAUGCUGCUGCGGCGGUGGCUGCCGCCAGACACCCGGGCCCACCACAGCCUGGUCAACCUUUUAAAUUUACCGUUAGCGAAUCAUGUGAUAGAAUAAAAGAGGAAUUUAAUUUUUUACAAGCACAAUAUCAUAAUUUAAAAUUAGAAUGUGAAAAGCUAGCGAGUGAAAAAAUUGAAAUCCAACGACAUUACGUAAUGUAUUACGAAAUGUCGUAUGGAUUAAAUGUGGAAAUGCAUAAGCAGACUGAAAUAGCAAAACGAUUAAAUGCGAUUAUAGCACAAGUAUUACCAUUUUUAUCGCAAGAGCAUCAACAACAAGUUGCCACGGCUGUGGAACGUGCAAAACAAGUUACAAUGACUGAAUUAAAUGCUAUUAUUGGGCAACAGAGACCUGAUUUACCUCGAUUGUUACAACAAAUGCACGCGCAACAAUUACCAACACAUUCGGCGCCACCAAUUCCAAUGAUGCCACAUCCUGGCUUAGCUGGUGGUCCACCAAGUUCGGCAGCAAGUUUAUUAGGUUUAUCGGGAGCGUUAGGUGCUCCUGGACAACAUCCGUUAUCAAUGUUAGGUGCUAAGCCAGAAUUACAUCGACCGGAUGAUGUCAAAUCAAAUAGCGGACUUAAUUCAGCAGAAGAACGACAUAGAAAUUCAAUUUCACCAGCUGAAAGAGAAAAGUAUCGACCGCGAAGUCCACAAGAAAAUGAACAUAAAAAAGUAAAAAAGGAAGAGAAAGAUCUUGGACAUCAAAGUGAUGGUGAGAAAAGUGAUCAAGAUUUAGUUGUUGAUGAUGCAUCAGAAGACCCUGUUUCACCACCAAACGGUACAACAUCCCCACGAGAAAAUGGUCUUGAUAAAUUACCGAAGAAAGAUCAUGUUGGACCACAUAGUCCACGAUCGGGUACUUCAAGUAAUGCUUCAACGCCAUCGACCAAAAAACUAGAUGGUGAGAAACCAACAACACCUAUUUCAAAAUCGGUGACACCAACUUCUGGAGGAUCUGCAGGUUCUGUUGCAGGCGGUAGUGGUUUAAAACCGGUUGUAAAACCCCCAGCAUUAGGGCAAUAUCCACAUUAUUUAGCAGGUGCUGCUCCACAUGAAUUGCAAGCAGCAGCCGCAGCUGGCGCUUAUGGUGCUGCUUUGCACAAUAAUCUUCCCCCAGCUUUAAAUAGUUAUCCCAGACCUCCAUUACAAGUUGGAUAUGAUCCACAUUCCCAAAUGAGAGCACCUUUAGGGCCGGGAUUAGCUGGCAUUCCGGGUGGAAAACCGGCGUAUUCCUUUCAUGUAAGUGCUGAAGGACAAAUGCAACCAGUUCCAUUUCCACCGGAUGCGCUUAUUGGACCAGGGAUUCCACGACACGCACGGCAAAUAAAUACAUUAAGUCAUGGUGAAGUGGUGUGUGCAGUGACAAUAUCGAACCCCACAAAAUAUGUAUAUACUGGUGGCAAAGGGUGUGUGAAAGUUUGGGAUAUUAGUCAACCGGGUUCAAAAAGUCCUGUGUCACAAUUAGAUUGUCUACAACGUGAUAAUUAUAUUCGCUCAGUGAAACUUUUACCCGAUGGACGUACCUUAAUUGUAGGUGGCGAGGCCAGUAAUUUAUCAAUAUGGGACUUAGCAAGUCCGACGCCACGUAUUAAAGCAGAGCUAACAUCAAGUGCGCCAGCAUGUUAUGCGUUGGCAAUUAGUCCCGAUUCUAAAGUGUGUUUCAGUUGUUGUUCCGACGGUAACAUCGCUGUUUGGGACUUACAUAAUCAAACACUAGUACGUCAAUUCCAAGGUCACACAGAUGGUGCAUCUUGUAUAGAUAUUUCAGCAGAUGGUACAAAAUUAUGGACUGGUGGCUUAGAUAAUACUGUGCGUAGUUGGGACUUACGUGAGGGAAGACAAUUGCAACAACAUGAUUUUACAUCACAAAUAUUCUCGUUAGGAUAUUGUCCUACGGGUGAAUGGCUAGCUGUAGGAAUGGAAAAUUCCAAUGUAGAAGUGUUACAUGCAGCGAAACCAGAUAAAUAUCAAUUACAUUUACAUGAAAGUUGUGUGCUUAGUUUACGAUUUGCUGCGUGUGGUAAAUGGUUUGUUUCAACGGGCAAAGAUAAUUUAUUGAAUGCAUGGCGAACGCCGUAUGGUGCAAGUAUAUUCCAGUCAAAAGAAUCAUCGAGUGUUCUUAGUUGUGACAUUUCAACAGACGAUAAAUAUAUAGUGACUGGAUCCGGCGACAAAAAGGCAACAGUGUAUGAAGUUAUAUAUUAAAAACAAUUUUCAUAAUAAAAAAGUGUUGAAUAAAAGUUGUAAAAGUGUAAAAUAGUGUAUAAACAUAUGACGUAUGUGAUAUAAUUACAAAAUCAAAAAAACACUAAAAAUAUUGUGACUUACAAAAAUUUAAUGUCUCAAUCAAAAAAGUAAAACUUAAAAAGUGAACUCAAAAAUUUUGUUAAAAAAAGUAUUAAUUGUUAUUAAUGUUCACAAUAUUUUAAUUAAAAAAAUGAUCUCUCCAUGACAUUUUCGCCAAACACAACAAAAAAAAUUUUUAACACUCUCAAAAUAUGUAGAAAUCCAAAAAGACGUAAAUAAAAAAUGUAGACUAA